GGCUAUUUCCGUCAUGAGCCGAUUAGCCGCCAGCCGGCGGUGUCAGUCAGCCCCUCACCGUUCGUUCGGAAGGUGGGUCCAAAAACGGGCCCGAACCGCCCAGGGAGCCUCUGAACGUUUGAAUGUCGGGACCGUGAGUUCCGUUGACGUUUCCUGACACGCAGAGUCCAAAGUUUGCGGAGGGACUUCCUGUUAGCCCCGUUAGCUUAACGACAUUAGCUGCGGCUCUGCUAGCAAGCUAACGCUGCUAACAACAGCCUCAGAGCAGCUUUCUGCUCCCGUGUUCUGUUCCUCGUCUGGAUGAAGGGGACCUUAUUAGACUAGAAGAUCCCAGAGCCGCUGCUGGUUUCGGGAAUAAGCAGAGCAGCUCACCUGUGUGACCCCGGUGACCCGGCAGGACAACAACAAAAUAAUCAAACAGUCGCUGAGAGUGGACUGAAGACACUCCAGAUCUUCAGCAGAACUUUAGAUGAGGAGCUGGUUCUGGGCUCCAGCUCGGAUGAGCAGCCAUGGAUGAGGAUGACAGCCAGGACGAGCCGAUCAGCUGCAGCACAUCUCACAGGAGAGGGAAGCGAGCGGCUCUGUGGAGCAUCUCAGAUGACUCGGAUGACACGGAGGCGGAGUCUGAAAAUGGGCAGUCUGAUAGUGGAGAUGAAGGAGACGACGACCCGGGGAACGAAGACGAUGAGAAUGAAGAGGAUGAAGAUGAUGAUGAGGAGGAGGAGGAGGAGGAAGAGGAGGAGGCAAAGCCCCAUGAUGGUGGGGGAAUGUCUGCUGACUUCACUGGGAUCAGCUCAGAUGAGGACUCAGAGAAGUGUCCCAUCUGCCUGAACUCUUUCACCGAGCAGCCUGUCGCCACGCCAGAAAACUGUGAGCACUAUUUCUGCUUCGACUGCAUCCUAGAAUGGACCAAGAAUGCAAACUCGUGUCCUGUAGACCGCACUGCCUUCAACAGCAUCUACAUAAGACAAUGUUAUGGAGGGAAGGUAAAGAAAAUGGUGACGGUGCAGAAGCCUGCUCAGAAGAACCAGGAAGACGCUGUGGAUCUGGACCUGGAGCAAACCAACUGUGAGGUGUGUGGCGGCAGUGACCGAGAGGACCGUCUCCUGCUGUGCGACGGCUGUGACGCAGGAUAUCACAUGGAGUGCCUCACGCCCCCCCUGGACUCUGUCCCUGUAGAGGAAUGGUUUUGUCCAGAGUGUGAAGCCAACAAUCAGUCUUCAAGAAGUUCAGCAGAAGAUCUGAGUGAUGGGGGCAGCGUACCCUCUGCUGCGCGUCCAGCCACCAGCCGAGCUCUGCCUCGUGGUCCGGGUCCCACCAGAGCCAUCGCCCGGACUCAGCAGAGCGAGAGGGUUCGGGCCAAUGUCAACCGGCAUCGCAUCUCACAGGCACGCUCUGCACAGUUGGCUCCCACAUAUCUGAUGCAGUCCACUUGGUUGGAUGAAACCAUCAACGCCGUGGUGGCUGGGCUGAACACAGCCGUGUACGUUCGAGACGUGGCUCCUCGUGUGGCAUCCAGACGCAGACGGAGGACCGUGAAACGUAGAAAGGUGAAGCGUAAGAAGACGUCUGCAGGGGGUAAGAUGAGCAGCACAGGGGUCCAGAGACGGAAACGCAGGUCGAGAAAAACUAAAUCCAAGAAAAAGCUGACCCAUAAAAAAUCCGCCAAUCCUCGGAGCCGGAUUGCCAGUAACCUUGGAAUUGUUAAGGACAAGAAGAGCUCCUCCCUUCCCACUGUGUAUCGGCCAUCAGAGUCCACUUUGAGCAGCAUGCGUGCUGACAUCGGAGCUGCAUCGCUGUCCAUCUACGGAGAUCCAUUUGAUCUGGAUCCUUUUGUAGAUCAAGAGAACCAUGAACAGCGGGCGCACGUUUCUUCACUGCUGGAGGCCCGAAGGCGGGGACUGUCCCGGUCCGCUCUUCGCUCUCAUCAUCCUGUCGCUCGGCCAGUCGCAGCCCCCUUUCCAAGCAGAGGCGCGGACCAUUCCCAGACAGAAGCAGCUUCGGUUCCUGAUCUUCUGGGCAGCAUCCUGUCAGGACAGAGCAUGCUCCUGAUGGAUAGUUCUGAUGUUAUCAUCAACCGGGAUGGUUCCCUCAAAGCUACUAAGCCAGAUCCUAUUUUUUUAGGGCUCUCUUCAGGAGUGACAGCAAGUGGGAUGAUGAGCAGCAGCGACGCCAGCGCUCUCAUCAGUCCAGGGGUUUCAUCCAAUGAAGAAGACCUAUCUGUGGUCUAUCCCAGUGCUGGACCUCUACCAGAACCCCUCCGUAGCUCUACAAAUAGAGCGUGGGCCCACAGAUCUACUAACUGUCCCUCCUUCACGUCUUCACAGAGCGCCCUGUCCUUCACAGCAGCUGCUUCUGAUUCACCGUCCAGAGGAACUCCAGCUUUUCUGGCUCCACACCAGAACAGAUCAGGACCUUUAAAGAGUCCCGAGAACUCCUGUGUGGACUUCACAGUUCCGUCGCAGGCCCAUGCCAAAAGAGCUGCUGUGAAGCCCAUGUGGGUGGAUGUGUCUGAGUUACCCAGAAUCCCUAAAAUAAAGCGCAAGAGCCAUGAAGGACCUGACGCCAGCAGACCGGCUGGUAUCCUCAGCGUCGGCUUGAACCGUCCGUCUGGAGACAAAGGAAAGAACCAGAGUGAAGACCAGCAGAAGGACAACUGGACCCACAGACACCGGUCUGAGAGAGACGGCUCCUUCUCCAGCUCCUUCUCUUCCUCCGGCUCUUCUGCCAGCCAGCCACAGUGCCCCCCCUCAUCUUCAUCAGCGGUGAGCUUCCGCAUCAACUCCAGUGGGAACUCUUGGCACGCGAGACGGCUUAACAUUGGAUGUUCUUCUGGAGAAAACCUGGAAGACGUCCGGAGACGAAAGGAGGAUGAAGCAAAAAGGAGACUUUUGAUUCGAGACAAACAGAUGCUGCUGGCGUCACGCACCCCGACCAGCAGGGGGCAGGAGAGUGACAUCUAUGAUCCGUGUAAUCCCACUACAUCCGAUUCAGGCAGCUCAGCCGAUGAAACUGAGAGCAAACGCUCGGACUGCAAGAGGGAAGGUCCUUCAUGGGGAAACAGAGAUGAGAUGCGGCUAAGCAUGCAUGACGUUCAGGUGAAAACAGAAAAGCAGGAGAUGCAAAUUUCACAGGUAAAGAUGGGAAGUCCCCAAAAAAGCAGAUCUCAGGCCUUCCCAGGUGAACCUCCCAAGAUUAAAGAAGAGCCAUCAGCAGGUGUUAAAGCUGAGCAUCCUCAUCUUCACACUGGAGCAAAGUUGGAAGAGGCGAUGGAGAACAGCGGGCAUCAUGAUCUGACUAAAAAGGAGGAGAGCAGAUGCUUUUCUGGACCUCCAAGGAGUCGUUCAAUCAACCACGAAGAUUCACCAACAACAAGCCAGACUGUCGCCAAGAGCAAACCUCAGAAAGGGUCUGCCGAGUCCCAAAGCUCCUUGUGCCUGAAGCCCGAAUCCAGUCGGAGAACAGAUCCUGGAGCCAAGAAAGACAACCAUGAGGACACGACCAGGAAACCAAGGGAUGGGGGGCGGAGCUUCCCAUCCAUGUCCUCCGAUCAGACAGAGAGACGGCGGUUCGGUUCUCUGUCCACAGACUCACGGAGGAAAAGUCCACCGCGGUCGGCUUCCAGCUCCAGCGGGAAAAAAAGCCACGAAAGCAAGAACAGGGACGGAAAUGAUGGUCGACGGAGUGAGCCAGCGUCAAGCCACAGAAAACACGGACCGGCCAACCCGACAUCGUCAUCCGGGUCCAAACAUGAGGAUUCCAAACGUCCGUCAACGUCGAGAGAAAGGGAGAGAGAAUAUGCCAGAGAAAAACACACCUCCCUGACCUCCAAAGAGCGAGGAGGCAAAGAGCGGAGGAGGUCCAGGUCACGAGAAAGGAGGGAAGGAGGAUCCUCCAGAAGCACACAGAAGAACUGCUCUUCAUCCUCCAGACACUCGGACUUUGCAGAGAGAAAACGGAAGGAUUCUUCCCAUGGAGACGUCCAGCUCCAGGACCAUCGUCACGCUCCCUUCACUUCCUGCCCCGUCAAAAACGAUCGCAGAGACUCUGGUGGGGAGAUGAAAGACGCUGGAGAAGACACUCAGCCGGAAAACGACGUCAAAAAAGAAAAGCACAUUUUGAAUGAACAGAUUCUGACUUCUUUCCCUGUGUUGAACAAAAAUGAGACAAACGUCAAGAAGGAGCAGGCGGAGUCACCGGAAACUGUUGGGAUUAAAUCUGAACAAAGUUCUCCAGAGUUGUGUCCCACACCUCCUGCCGCCUCACUCCCUGAUUCGGUCCCUGCAGCAGCUGGACAAUCGCAGCCUCAGCCGAGAUCGUCCGUCGACCAGGAUGUUCCUGACGUUCCAGACGCUCCUGAGGACCCUGACUCUGACAAUGAUGUGGAUUUGAUGCUGGACUGUCCUGAUUUUGUGAAACCUGAACCUGUGGAGGCUGUGAAGCAAGAAGAAGAAGGAGAAGCUUUUAAGGAUGAAGGGGAACCGGUCUCGGUCGCAGCAGUGCCAAAGACCAAAACUCAAGUCAAACGAGUUACCUGGAACAUCCAGGAGCCGGAAGGGCCUCAGCCAGAGAAAUCUUCCAGUAAGCUGGCGCUUUAUAAACUGAAACUGAAGCAAGAAGGAGUUCGCAGGUCCUCCAUGGUGGCCCAGACAUCCGCUCAGGAGACCAAAGGGACUUCUACGGACUCCGUCAGGAAGGAUGCUCUUGGUUCCGUUGGUUCCAGCUCCAUUUCUGAUGAUUCUAGCGGUCCGUCAAACCAGCAAGGAGAGUCCAGUGGUGAAGGAGAUGGCCUGCUGAGGAAAGACAAAUAUUUAAAGAAGCUGCACAUGCAGGAGAGAGCCAUAGAGGAGGUCAAGCUCGCCAUUAAGCCUUUUUACCAAAGGAGGGACAUCGACAAAGACGAGUACAAAGAGAUUCUGCGUAAAGCCGUCCAGAAGGUGUGUCACAGCAAGAGUGGAGAGAUCAACCCGGUGAAGGUGGGAAACCUGGUCAAAGCGUAUGUGGACAAAUACAAACAUGCACGGAAACGUAGAAAAGAGGCGGUGCUUGGAGAGCAGACUGAGCCAAUCGGAGCAUCGGAAAGCCCGUGAGGGAUGGGAAGUUUCAGUGAUCUUCAGCGAGAACCGGGCCGGCAGGGAGGUUCUGUGGGAAGGAUCUCCUCCCGGGACGAGCACGAUGAAAUGACCCACUGUGUCCUCAUAAGUGGCAGAAAUAUGCAGGUGAUGCAGAUUAAACAUUAAAGAUCCUAUUUUAGUUGUAAAUACCUCAGAGUUGACAUCAUCGCCUGUUUCUCCAUUUUUGCCUUUUACGAAUCAUCAGUUUAAAAUGUUUGUAGCUUGAAAAAUUACGUUUUUUUUUUUUUCAACCUCUUUGAUAAAAAACAAACUUUCUCGUAUAAAACAGGUUUGGAGAACCAGGACAGUUAGUUUGUUUGAAGCGGUAUUUCUGGCUGUUAUCAUCGUUCUGCUGCACUACAGCGCCACCUACUUUCAUUUAGAAGUCGUGGACUAAUGGCGCCUCCUGUCCUAAAGUCCAGCUUGGUUUUUGGGGGAAAAAGCGGAAAACUUUGAUCGUCUUCCUUUCAGUGUAAAGCUGGAAUUCUCCGUUUGACGUUUUGUGUUUCUGAACGUUUGAGUUUUCGUCUUCCACUAAACUGGUCUCUUAAUAAACGAUUGGUGGAUGAUAA